AUUAAUAUCUAAAACAAAAUCUUAAUAUCAUUAAAUGGUAUUUUUCGUGUAGAUAAUCUUUUCAAUCACUCUAAUCCACAAUCACCAACCGCCACCACUAAUUACAUCUACCAUCAACCGCCAAUGUCAACCACAAUUGUCGAUGUGAUCAAGAACUAUUGCCAUUCGCCACCACACCUACCACCUCCAUCAUUAUAACUAUUCACCACCACCGCUAUCACCUCCACUAUCACCACUGCGGUCAUUCCCUACCGACAACCAUCUCUACUAUCACAUCUAGCAUAACAGACAACUACCACCAACACAUUGUCAACCACCACAAAUUCUUUGGUCUCCACCACUAACACUGCUAACCACUAACAUCAACCAUGAUUCGAUGAAUGGCCAACUAAGGAGAUAAAAUGUUUCCCAAUAAAAAGUUCUAUAUCCCCAUGACAAAUAAUUACAUCGUUCUUUAAUUUGUUAUUCAAUUCUUGUUAUAUGUAUGAAAUAUCUCAACAACUUUUUCUUUCAUUGUUGGAAGUUGAAGAUGGAGGAGGAGUAAUUAUUGAUCCAUCAACAUCACCCCACAAGAAGAAAAAACUCAAUGGACUAGUCCACAUUUUGAUCCUAGUGGGAUGUCCAUUGAUGUUGUUGUUGCUUCUCUUUACAGUAUGGUGUCUUCGAAGGAGAAAAGUACUCAAAUUUCAAGUGCCAAAGAACAAAUUGGAAGCAAAAACAAUGAAGAAAAAGGAGGUGAAAGAAACAAGAACUUUGCAAGUAUUCAGCUUUGAUGAGAUGAAGGAAGCUACUAAUAAUUUUUCAGUUGAAAAUGAGCUUGGAAAAGGUGGUUAUGGACCUGUUUACAAGGGAAAGUUGAGAAAUGGGAAAGAAAUAGCAGUGAAAAGGCUAUCAGAGACUUCAUCUCAAGGAUUGGAAGAAUUUGAAAAUGAAGUGAUACGGGUGUACCAAGCUGUCCAACAAGUUUUACAAGCUGUCCAACAAGUUCACGAUCAUUCACACGUAGCCAAGCUCGGGAGUUACAAAAACUCCAAGAUAUGUUCAUGCAAAUGACCGUGUGUGAGUUGG